UUUCGAUUUCGGACGCGCGUCAUUCACGCAACAGCCACGCCGGCCGACGGCGUCCAUCGACACGUACUGCGUCUCCGCGUGCAGCCUUCGGUUGUGCAGCAGAUCAUCCAAGCUCUGGUGAACUCCCUUCUCCCGCGCCCAGCUCAAAUCUGGUUUCAGUCAUGCUUCCCUGAGUGGGCCUUGCCUGGCCAAUUGGUUCUCAAGAAGCAAAAGGACGGCUGGGACGCGGAAUUUGAGACGGAGAAGGCGACAUAUGCGAAGCUCGCACCGUUGCAGGACGUCGUCAUCCCGAGGUGCUUUGGCCAACUUCGAUACAAAGGCACGCGGGCCUUGUUAUUGUCGGACAUUGGCGGCGUAUGUCUGGCGACCCCUGAGGGAGGCCUGUUGGACCUGGGCGACUUUCAGCGUAUGAUGCGCCAAGCCCUAGACGCGUUUUUGCCAUUCGGUAUCUUGCAAGACGACAGCAAACUCGAUAACUACCACCUCGUCGGCGACAAGAUCAUGGUUGUUGAUCUCGAGCGAGUAAGCGAUGGUCUGACUGAC